UUGGUUAAAUUUAAAGCCAUUAAAAGCUUGCUUGCUCUUCUUGGCAAGGAAAGAAGAAUGAGUAAAAAACAAUAGCAAUAAUAUAAUAAAGAAGGAAUAUAGAUUUUGCAAAUGCUGAAUUGUUGGAAACACGCGGAGAAAUCAGACAUGUUGCAUUCCAUAUUUCUUCUAUCAAUUUCUGGGUAACUCUUUUUUAUCUUUCCAAUUCAAUCUGUUCAAUUUCAUUUCGGGUAUAAUUAAAUCCCAAACAAAAUAUAGCGAAUUUUACUGAUUAAUCGCUGCAGUUUCUUUUGUUGAUUAUGAACGCUAUGAAUUUCAUCAUCAAUUCCACCAUGAAGCUUCCCUCAACACUCCUAAACCUCAGAAACGCUUUGUUUUUGGGGUCCCGACAUCGGUUUAAUCUUCCUUGUUGUGAAGAUAAGCUUUUCUACAAGAGCAAAGCUUCUCUAUUGAAUUUCAGUAAAAACUCUCAAUUCCACGACUACCCUUCUCGAUUCGUAGGAUUUCAACGUGUUAUCAACAAUGCCCAGAAGUUUAAUUGUUUACCAAGUUCCGUUUUUGCCCGACCUAGGGCGGUUCCGAUGCCUAACGGUUUCUCUGUUCAAGCCGUGGUAGCAUCAAAGGUAAGAGACCUCUCAACAUCUGUCGAAACAGGUAUAAACGACAAGAAUUUCGAAAGAAUUCACGUGCAAAACGGAAUUAAUGUGAAGACGCUUGUUGAAAGAAUUGACACUGAUAAGAACCUUGUAGGAGGAGAAAAUCCUCUAACUGAAGAUGGAAACAACGUGAAGAACAUUGGGGAGGGUUUGGGAAAUGGAAAAAAUGGAGUUUCAAUUGAUAGUGCCAUUGAAAAGGAGGCAUGGGAUUUAUUGAGAGAUUCAGUUGUGUCGUAUUGUGGGUUCCCUGUUGGUACAGUGGCUGCAAAUGAUCCAGGUGAUAAACAGCCUUUGAAUUACGACCAGGUCUUCAUUCGUGAUUUUGUGCCUUCAGCUUUGGCUUUUUUGCUUAAAGGUGAAGGAGAGAUUGUCAAGAAUUUUCUCCUCCAUACUUUGCAGUUGCAGAGUUGGGAGAAAACUGUGGACUGCUAUAGUCCUGGACAGGGUUUGAUGCCAGCCAGUUUUAAGGUUAGAACUGUACCAAUUGAUGACAAUAAGUUUGAGGAAGUUCUAGAUCCAGAUUUUGGAGAAUCAGCUAUUGGUCGUGUUGCACCAGUGGACUCCGGGUUAUGGUGGAUUAUAUUGUUGAGGGCAUAUGGGAAAAUCACUGGUGAUUAUUCAUUGCAAGAGAGAGUGGAUGUUCAAACGGGAAUGAAGCUGAUCCUCAACUUGUGUUUAGCUGAUGGAUUUGAUAUGUUUCCUUCUCUGUUAGUCACUGAUGGAUCCUGCAUGAUAGAUAGAAGGAUGGGUAUUCAUGGUCAUCCCCUUGAGAUCCAAGCUUUGUUUUAUGCUGCUCUACGUUCUUCUCGUGAGAUUCUCUCAGUAAAUGAGGGUUCCAAGAAUUUGGUGAGGACUAUAAACAAUAGACUGAAUGCACUAUCAUUCCACAUCAGAGAAUACUAUUGGGUUGACAUGAAAAAGAUCAAUGAGAUAUACCGUUAUAAGACAGAAGAGUACUCCAUGGAUGCUACCAACAAAUUCAAUAUUUAUCCAGAGCAAAUUCCUUCCUGGCUUAUGGAUUGGGUACCUGAAGAAGGUGGAUAUCUAAUUGGCAAUUUACAGCCAGCUCACAUGGAUUUUAGGUUCUUCACACUUGGGAACCUCUGGUCCAUUGUUUCAUCACUGGGCACUCCAAAACAGAAUGAAGGUAUUCUCAACUUAAUUGAAAACAAAUGGGAUGACAUUGUGGGGCAUAUGCCUCUCAAGAUAUGCUAUCCUGCAGUAGAGAAUGAAGAGUGGCGCAUAAUUACGGGCAGUGACCCAAAGAAUACCCCUUGGUCAUAUCAUAAUGGUGGAUCUUGGCCAACACUUCUCUGGCAGUUUACUUUGGCAUGUGUCAAGAUGGGCAGAUUAGAACUAGCCCAAAAGGCCAUAGCUUUGGCAGAGAAGAGGCUUUCAAGAGACCAUUGGCCUGAAUAUUAUGACACCCGAAGUGGGAAGUUUAUCGGAAAGCAAUCUCGACUUUACCAGACAUGGACCAUUGCUGGUUUCCUGACCUCUAAAAUGAUGGUGGAGAACCCAGAGAUGUCUUCCUUGUUAUUCUGGGGGGAGGACUACGAGCUUCUUGAGAUCUGCGUUUGUGCACUUAGCAAAAGCGGCCGGGUAAAAUGUUCUCGUGGUGCUGCUAAAUCUCAGAUACUCGUGUAAUUGAACACCAUUAUAUGGAAGGUGGAGAGCCUUGUUACUGUACAGCUACAAGUUUAGGGCAGAGUAAGAUUUUGUGUCUGAUAAGCAAUUUUCAAUACUUAUCAACAUACAGGUUUGUAUUACAAACUAGUUUAGCAUAUGUUAUUUUUUCCGAUCAAUCAUGGAAGUUGAUUGGCACUGAAAGUAUAAAAUUUUCUCCCAUAUAUUGGGCCCUUGGAUGACCAA